GUUUUCGCUCCGGACAGACCUCCACUGCAUCUACACUUCCACGGAUUAACUCCCCGCUUCACUACGCUGUACACUUACCAGUCGGUACUCUUCAACACCAUAACUCAUUCAGCUCUCGGUUAUACGUAUCAAUCCACCGCUAAGCGCCGUCCGCUCCCGCUGCACCACGGCCGUUGGCCCGCCGCUCCUCUGCUGCUUGUUCGCUCUUUUAUCCCACCAAGCUUCUAGCAGAGCCUCUCCUCUUAUAAUACUCCCCUUAAGUACUAAAUAAUCGCCAAUGGACGGCAGGGACAACUUAUGGAACCGCCGCUCCAACACCAGCAAGCUCUCCCUGUCCAUGUCCAAUCCGGACCACCAUAGCGACAAGCCCGACCCCCCUCACCGCACCUUCUCUGCCACGAAGCGCUUCGGUGGCGACUCGUCUUCGCACGGCGGCCGCAACCCGUUCAAUGCGCUUUCGCCAUUGACAGGCACCGGGCUGUCUUCUCCCACCACUGCCGGCUCAUCUGCCUUCGGCCUGGGUUCAGGCGCCUUUGCCUCGUUCGGAUCCGCGACCAAGACUCCAAAGACUCCCGGCACCGCCUUUGACUUUAAGACGGCAGCCAUAGGCGGUGCCACCCCGACCACACCUGGCGAGAAGAAGGACAAGCCUGCGAGCAAGGCCGUGAGUAGCGCCCGAAAGGAGUCGCUAUCCACGACCGCCUCGGAAGAGGCGGCAAGCUCGUCUGCCCCGCCCGACCCCAGCGCACCGUGGCCGCUGAAAUACACAUGGGUGAUCUGGUAUCGCCCGCCCACGCCCAAGAAUUCCGACUACGAGAAGUCGACCAAGCCGCUGUGUCGCAUGAGUACGGCGCAGGACUUCUGGAAGAUCUUCACCCACCUCAACCGACCCUCGACGCUCCCCACCGUUUCCGACUACCAUUUCUUCAAGGAGGGCAUCCGCCCGGUGUGGGAGGACGAUGAGAACAAGCGCGGCGGCAAGUGGAUCAUGCGUCUGAAAAAGGGCGUGGCCGACCGCUACUGGGAGGAGCUGCUGAUGGCCUUGAUUGGCGACCAGUUUGCGGAGGCGGGCGACGAGGUGUGCGGUUUCGUGCUCAGCGUGCGCAGCGGUGAGGACGUGUUCAGCAUCUGGACGAAGAACGACGGCGGUCGGAACAUCAAGAUCCGCGAAACCGUCAAGCGGGUCCUCAACCUUCCUGAAGGCACCAUCAUCACCUGGCGCAGCCAUGACGAGAGCAUUGCCCAGCGCACUGCUAUCGACCAGGCGCGACAAGACAAGAGUCACCAGGAGAAGCGCCGGCUCACGUUGGGUGACGAGUCGCAGCGGGAUAAGUCCACUGCGUAGUCCGCGCGGAUGUUCCCUUUACGUUCUUCCUCUCGUUGACAAUUUUCUAGCAUGCAUGGUAUGGCAUGGUACGGCUUCUCAGGGUAUCCGGUUAGCGUUCGUCGUUCGAUUUUCCGGCAUUGAGUUUACGACAAGCCCCUGCUUUCUUGCGGUUGUUGCCCGCGAAGAGUCAAGCAACGGCUCUUCUUUCGUUUCUCAUCUUUGUAUUCUACAUAUCCGUGACAUGGCUUGGGUAGCGAACGGUGCUACGGUUGGCUUAGGCAUGGGAGGGACUAUGAGUAAACUCUGCUGAAUGUGAAAACGAGACAAAUGGGGCAUGACUCCUCAUUGUGUGGGCUGUUGCGUGCUAGCUCUGGCCGCUGCUCCUUCCCGGACUGUGGCGCUCCUGCCCACUGGUUGAAAUACAC